AUGAAUAUCAAUGAACGAUCGUUAGCAACGAUGUCGACGCUAAAUGCUCAGGGACCACGCGGAUCAUCGAAUCAUGCUGAUGAACAUACCGAACCAAGUUCAACUUUAAGUAUUUUUGCACUUGAUUAUAAAAAACAUGAAGAUCUGAAACAAAUGUUAGAUAGUAAUAAAGAUAACUUAAAAUUAGAAGCUAUGCGUCGGAUCAUUGGUAUGAUUGCAAAAGGCAAAGAUGCUGCUGAUCUAUUUCCAGCUGUUGUGAAAAAUGUCGUUUCAAAAAAUAUGGAAGUUAAAAAGUUAGUUUACGUUUAUUUAAUGCGUUAUGCUGAAGAACAACAAGAUCUUGCUCUACUUUCCAUUGCUACAUUUCAACGAGGAUUAAAAGAUCCUAACCAAUUGAUUCGUGCAAGUGCAUUGCGAGUACUAUCAAGUAUUCGUGUUCCGUCGAUUGUUGCAAUCAUGAUGUUGGCUAUUCGCGAUGCUGUUAGUGACAUGUCACCUUACGUUCGAAAAACAGCUGCGAAUGCAAUAGCAAAACUCUAUGCUUUGGACACUGAAUUGAAAGAUGAACUAGUUUUAAUUAUUACUAAAUUACUUGCUGACAAAACGAUUUUGGUUAACGGCAGUGCUGUACAAGCAUUUGAACAUGUUUGUCCAGAACGAAUUGAUUUAAUACAUAAGAAUUAUCGACGUUUAUGUAAUCUUCUUGUCGAUAUUGAUGAAUGGGGGCAAGUUACAGUUCUAAAUAUGUUGACACGAUAUGCACGUUCACAAUUUGCUGAUCCGAAUAAGGCAAUUGAAGAUGAACAGAAAAGUUUUUAUGAAAAUGAAAAUGAAGAAAAAGCGAAUGACGAGGACGAUUCAUUGGAUAGAAAAACAUAUGUAAUGGAUAGUGAUCAUCGAUUACUAUUACGAUGUACUAAAUCUUUAUUGCAAAGUCGAAAUUCAGCUGUUGUUAUGGCUGUGGCACAAUUGUAUUAUUAUGUUGCACCUCGAAGUGAAAUUCAAAUCGUUGCUAAAUCGCUGCUUCGUUUACUUCGUCAUCAUAGGGAAAUUCAAACAAUUAUUUUGAAAUCAAUUGCAUUCAUCGCUGAUAAACAUAAACAAAUAUUCGAGCCUCAUUUGAAAUCAUUUUAUGUUCAUUCAAAUGACAGUGGCCUGGUUAAACGUUAUAAACUUGAAAUUCUUACUACUCUAGCAAAUGCUUCUAAUAUCUCAACGAUUCUUCGGGAAUUUCAAACUUAUGUUUUAAGUGCCGAUAAAGAUUUUGCUGCGCAAACUAUUCAUGCUAUCGGACGAUGUGCAAGUACCAUAUCUGAAGUAACUGAAGCUUGUUUAAACGGUCUUGUUGCGUUGAUGUCAAAAAAAGAUGAAACAAUCGUCGCGGAAAGUGUUGUAGUGAUUAAAAAGCUACUUCAAAUAAAUCCAUCGCAAUACAGUGAAAUAAUUAAACAUAUUGUGCGCAUGGUUGAUAAAGUUACUGUUCCGACGGCACGCGCAUCGAUUUUAUGGCUUAUCGGCGAAUAUUCCGACCGCAUUAGUAAAUUAGCACCAGAUGUAUUACGAAAAAUGGCGAAAUCAUUUCCUGAUGAAGAGACAAUUGUUAAACAUCAAAUAUUAAAUUUAGCUGCAAAACUUUACGUUGUUAAUGCUAAACAAACACAUCUAUUAGUUCAAUAUGUAUUUAAUUUAGCUAAAUAUGAUACCAAUUAUGAUACACGAGACAAAGCGCGACUUCUUCGAGCAUUACUAAUUCAAACUGAUAAAUGUCCGGCAUUAAGUAAACACGCGAAAAAAAUUUUAUUAGCUCCUAAACCAGCACCUAUUCUUGAAUCAAUUAUUCGUGAUCAUGAUCAAUACACAUUAGGAACUCUAUCAUUUGUUAUCGAUCAAAGAGCGACAGGUUAUAAAGAUUUACCAGAAUUUCCAUUGGAAGCGCCUGAUCCAAGUGUUCGCAAUGUUGAAGUAAUACCGUCAUCGACAUCACAAAAUGCUGCAUCGAAAAGAUCAAGUACCACAAGCGGACAGGCACCAGGAGAUCGAAAGAAAAGUGCCAAUGAUAAAACUUUCUAUUCAGAUGAAGAAGAACCAGAAGAAGAAGAAUCGUCAACUGAAGGACCUGAUACAGAUGAUGAUGAUGACGACGAAGAAGAAGAAGACGAGGAGGAAGAAGAAGAAGAAGAAGAAAACGAUGAAAAAGUCACAGAAAAAACAAUCGAAAACGAAAAUGACACUAACGAAUAUGAACAAUUAGAUGCUCCACUAACACAGAAUAAUAAACAAGAAGAAUCGGCUGAAGAAGAGGAGAGCAGCGAAGAAGAAGAAGAAGAAGAAAGUGAAGAAGAGGAAUCAUCAGACGAUGAAAAAAUAAUGCCAACUAAACCAACGACUGUUGCAAAACCACCGCCUCCUAUUACAACAGUUAAUGAUUAUACCAUUCCAGCAAUAGAAAAAUCUCUCUUAGAAAUGGAUCUUGAAUCGUUUCUCGGGUCAACUUCGACAUCUACAAAUGUUCCAGUAGCGUCCGUAAAAAAUAAUAUUUUUAAUGAUUUACAUGGACUAGAAUCUCUUACAUCUACAUCAUCGACUCUUGUUUAUACAAGACAAUAUGAUUGUUUAAACCGUAUGAUUGGUCAAGGUUUACAAAUUCAAUAUCGUUUUCCACGUACUACCUAUCGACAAUCACCGAAUAUGGUGCAUGUUGAAUUGAUAUUUACAAACACAACAACAACUAAAGAUAUCCGCUCGAUUAAAUUUUUAAAACCGAAAUCGAAUAUGAAUAUUCAAGGAUUUGAUGAAAUCGAUAUUCUGCCACAUAGUGUGUCUAUUGUCACAUCGAUUGGUAUUGAUUAUAAUGAUAAAACUCAACCAGCAUUAUUCGAUAUACUAUACGAUACCAAUCAAAUGCCAACAACAUUGACAAUAUCGUGUCCUGUGGGCGAACUUAUUGAGCAAAAACUCUUAAACGAACAACAAUUUAAUCAAAAUCAGGCUCGUCUUCGUGGUAUGAAUGAAAUUAUGAACAGUAUAAACGUUGACGAAGCGCAAAUAUCAAAAUUAAACUUUAGUGCAAUUCAAACGAAAGUACUUCAAUGUGCAAACCUAAUCUCAGUACCAUCGAGUUCAGGAGAUUCGACUUUUUAUCGAUUUUCUGGACAAACAAUCUCAAACAAAUCACUUAUACUUCUCACAAUCCAAUUAAAUAAUAUUCAAUCAACAGUUAAUUUAACAAUCAAUUCUGAUCAAAUUGUUCUUGCAACAAUGUUACUCAAAGAUAUUAAACAAACAUUUCCAGCCACGACAUAG